AUGGUGGUAGAGCGGCCAGUGAACGACGACGCGAUCGCUAGCAUGAAGGGUUUCCUGGAAGCUGCCUGCAAACGUUCAGCACCUGUCUCACCGGUUAAGAAGCCUCCGGAUGCGACCGUUCCAGAAAUGAGAACAGCGAUAGAAAGGAGAGACAGGAACAUCGACAACCUGAUAAAGCGCGAGAACGAGAGAAGGUCUAAAUCACAGACUGGGGCUUUCAAAGAAAAUAGCGUGUUGGACAACAACAGCAACGAAAGACAUUCCAGUCAAAGGAAACGUUCAUCCAUUAAAGAAAUUCGGUUCCAAGAGAAAAUCCGAAAUUCGUGGAUAAUAAACAAUAAACGGAUAUUAAUAACUAAUGAAUACAAUUAUAUGUUGAUGUUGACCUCUAACGGCGCCGUCAACUAG